AUGUCUGUUGUUGGUAUUGAUCUUGGUAACCUUCAAACUGUCAUUGCCGUUGCCCGUAACCGUGGUAUUGAUGUCAUCUGUAAUGAAGUCUCAAACCGUGCUACUCCUACCAUUGUCUCUUUCGGUCCCAAGCAAAGAUACCUUGGUGAAGCUGCAAAGACUCAAGAAAUCAGUAACGCUAAAAACACCAUUGUCAGCUUAAAGCGUCUUGCAGGUCGUAAGUCUGAAGAUGUUGAAGUUCAAGAAACUGAAAAGAAGUACAUCAUGGCUGAGUUGGCUGACGCUAACACUCAAUCUGGUGUCAAGGUUAACUACCUCGGUGAAGAACAAGUCUUCUCCAAUGUUCAACUUUUGGCCAUGUACCUCCACAAGAUCAAGGACAUCACUUCCGCUGAAAUCAACGGUCCUGUUUCUGACUGUGUUAUCACUGUCCCCGUUUGGUUCACUGAAGUUCAACGUCGUGCUGUCCUUACCGCUUCUGAAAUUGUUGGUUUGAACUGUUUGCGUUUGGUCAAUGACUUGACUGCCGCUGCUCUUGGUUACGGUAUCACCAAGCUUGAUCUCCCUGAAGAAAAGCCUAGAAAUGUCACUUUUGUUGAUAUCGGUCACUCUUCUUACUCUGUUCAAGUUGUCUCUUUCAUCAAGGGUCAAUUGACUGUUCGUGGUACUGCUUACGAUGAACAGUUCGGUGGUCGUGAAUUUGAUGCUGUCAUUGUUGACAAGCUCGCUGAACAAUUCAAGGAAAAGUAUAAGAUCGACGUCUUCUCCAACAAGAAGGCUCUCUUGCGUCUCCGUGUCGCUGCUGAACGUUGUAAGAAGAUCCUUUCUGCCAACCCUCAAGCCCCCGUCAACAUCGAAUCCAUCAUGGAAGACCGUGAUGUCUCUGCCAUGGUCAGCCGUGAAGAAUUCGAACAAUGGGCUUCUCACUUGUUCACUCGUACUGAAGGUGUCUUGGCUAAGGCUCUCGAAAACGCUGGUUUGAAGGUUGACGAAAUUGACUCUGUUGAAAUCGUUGGUGGUACUACUCGUAUCCCUGCCAUCAAGGCCACUAUUUCCAAGUUCUUCAGUAAAGAUAUCUCUACCACACUUAACCAAGAUGAAGCUAUGGCUCGUGGUGCUGCUCUUCAAUGUGCCAUGUUGUCCCCUGUCUUCAAGGUCCGUGACUUCCGUGUUAACGAUGUUGUCACCUACCCUAUCAAGCUUACUUGGGAAGCUACUCCCGAAGAAGAAGAAACCGAAAUUGUUGUCUUUGAUAACAACAACUCCGUUCCUUCUACCAAGAUCUUGACUUUCUUCCGUCGUGAACCUUUCACUUUGGAAGCUUUCUAUGCUCAACCCGAUGCUUUGCCUCGUGGUGUCAACCCCUGGAUCGGCCGUUUCGAUAUCAAGAACGUUGCCCCCGUCAACAAUGAACCUGCUCAAAUUAAGGUCAAGGUCAGACUCAACAUUCACGGUAUCUUGUCUGUUGAAUCUGCUUACACUGUCGAAGAAAAGAUGGUUGAAGAAGAAGUUAAGAACAAGGAUGGUGAAAAGGAAGUCAAGAAGGUCAAGAAGCUCGUCAAGACUGCCGAUCUUCCUGUUGUUGCUUUCACCACUGCUCUUCCCAAGGAAGUUGUCAAUGAAUACACUGAAAAGGAAAGCCAAAUGUACGCUAAUGACAAGCUUAUUGCUGCUACUGAAGCUGCCAAGAACUCUCUUGAAGAAUAUGGUUAUGAAAUGCGUGACAAGAUUCUCGGUCCUCUUUCCGAAUACAUUGAUCCCAGCGUCAAGGACAAGUUUGCUGAAGACUUGAACGCUAUUGUUGACUGGAUCUAUGAUGAAGGAUACGAUGCUCCCAAGUCCGUCUAUGUUGAAAAGCUUGAUGAACUUAAGAAGAUUGGUAACCCUGUCGUUGAACGUUUCCGUGAAUCUGAAGAACGUCCUCACGCCGAACGUUCUCUUCGUGAAACCAUGCACCGUUUGACUCAAGAAGCCAUGAGCAGUGAUGAAAAGUAUGCUCACAUUGCUCCUCAUGAAAAGCAAGACAUUGUUGAACGUUGUGAACGUGCUGGUAGAUGGAUGGACGAACAAAACGCUAAGCAAGCCAAGUUGGCUAAGAACGAAACUCCCAUCUUGUUCGCCCGUGAUAUCAAGAAGGAAGAAGAAGCUAUUAUUUACUUCGCCAACCCUAUCUUGAACAAGCCCAAGCCUGCUCCCAAGCCUGAGGAGCCUGCUGCUACUUCUGAUGCUGCCCCUAAUGCUGAUGCUGAUACCCCUAUGGAUGAUGCUUCAGACAACAAGAAGAAGGAAGAUAUGGACAUUGACUAA